UGGAAGACGUACGUACACGGCUGUAGAAAGCGGCGCGUCGAACGAAUAUUCGUAUUCGGAAGCAUCGAUACGUAAUAAAGCCAGUUUUUGGGAACUCGAUAGUGUUUAUCGAUAACUGUGAAAUCGAAAGUGACGUAGUGCUGUGUUGUGACUUUCCAUUUGCCAGGAUGAAUAUACGUAACGUGAAGGUAUGGAUCUGCGUGUGUCUCGCUUCCACACUGGCUGCGCCGGCGCCGAAGCCGUACCCCUUGAAGUUGGACAUCAUUGACCUGGCCGCCAUCAGCAGAAUGACCCCACAGCAGCUCGAGAGGCUAGCAGAGGGGCUGGCCGCUGAAGAGAUCAUGAGGACAAAGCGAUCGUCAGCCCAGGCCCUCGCUAGCGCAGUGGUGUCCAAAGCAUCGUCAGGGCUGAAUUCGAAGGUCAGUCUGCUGGGCCAGGCGUCAGCAGGAGUAGCUACGCUGGUGGCGUCAGCGUCUAGCAAGACUGCCCAUGAUGACCAUGGUUAUUCAUACGAGCCUCACAGUGAAAAAUACGACUACUGGGGAUUGAAGAAGUCAAUCUUCUACACGCUAUUCCAAGCCGUAAAGGCGAUCACGGGAGGAGUGACCAUCCUCAAAGGGCAGCUGAUCAAGGGAGGCGGGGCCCUAGCAGCGACUCUCGGCAAGGUCAUUUCAGUCAAGGGUGAUGCUGUCAGCAACUUGGGCAAGAAGAUUGUUAGUUCAGCUGCUUUGAUUCAAAAGAAGCCGCAUUCCACUCCUGUAUACGGUCCGCCCCCGCCGCCUCCUGCGCACGUAGAAUACGCCCCUCCGAGCGCAUAUGGCGGGCCAACUGCGCCUGCGCACUUCUCCCACUCAGCGCCUUCCGUACCCACAGGCUUUGCUGGGCACAAGUAUCCCGCGCAUUUAGACGGACGAGGGAAACUGAACGGUUUGCACGCCGGGGUCCUAUUACUGACACCGCUGGGCGGCGAGCUGGCACACAGCGAGACCCACGAAACACCCACAAUGAGCCACACGCCAGAGGGCCACACGCCUCUCGACCCACCGCCAUCCAUCAUCCACUCAGUCUACAGCGCCAUCAAAAAUGCAUUCUCUCAAGGAACAGAAUACGCGGCAGAAGACCUGACAGCCCACCAACCGCCUCCCCCACCGCAACCUGUCCCCCCCUUCAAGCCUAUGACGUGGCCAGCUGUCAAUUCCUACGGCGAACCGGCUACCGCUGAAGCUUAUCCAGAUUAUGACCCUCGACACCCGCAAGGUCCCACAUUUGACUACGCCGCAUCCAAAAAAUCCAUAGUCCCGACAGCCCACGCCGUCCACAAGGGCUUGACUCCGGAGAAAAUCCAAAAAAUCAAUCGUAACUUAAACAAAUUAGCGCAAUACAUGAACGAAAACAUCCAAAGGUCUUCAGAAGAUGUUCCCACUUUUACCGGGUUGGAUAAGUAUACUGAUAUGCUGAAGAAAGGGCAGGUUCCACUAUUCCCAACUCCAGUAGUGACUGAUAAUGAAAUUGGUGUUUUGCCGGCCGACCUCCUACCCUCCGAUCCCCCUACCACCACCACGACGACGACUACAACAACAACGACAACUGCCAAACCAGUCACGACGACAGAAGACAGUAACAGAAGGAAAGAUGUGAAGUAUAUUCUGCGAGGGAACAAGAUAGUUCAAGUUUGAAAUGACUGACUUACCUUGACUGGAGAGCUCCCUGACCAAGGUGUAGUAUUGGGUACAGAGGAUUUGCAGCACUACUACGUUUAAAUUAGAGCACAGAAUCCCAUAUCAAAUACUCGGUGAUAUAGAACAUAGAAGAACUUAAUUCUCAAUUUAUUUUUCUUUAUUUUCUCAACCUUGUAAAUAUUUGUAAAUUUAAAUAUCGAAAUUAAUAAAUAACACAGAAAAAUGCGAUAAUUUUAGUAAAAAAAAUAUUUCAGAAUUGUGAUUUACCAAUUAUAAGUAAAGACUGGGUCAAUGAACUUAUUUAUGUAAACUCUUCUUAGUCGAAGAUUAAUAAACUAAUAUUAUAUCUAGUUAGAGAAAUUAAAAUUAAUAUGUUGUCAACAUCAGUACAAUAACUAUAAAAUAUUUUUGUAUAUUGUCUUAAAAUUGUUUUUAUGUAUUGUAUAUAAUAAUUUAUAUUCGGCUGGUCAGUAAUUAUACCAAAUUGAGCAGAAAAUAGCGGCAGUAUUAUGAAAAAAAAAAAAGUUUUUUUUAAUGUAUUGAGAAAUGUAAACAUUGGAAUUUACAAAAAGUAAAGAAACGAAUGUUUUUGUAAAUUACAUAAAAUAGACGAAUCGUUACAAUUAAAUAGAAGUAAAAGUUAUACAUUGAAUAAUGUAAGUAAUUACAAACAAUUAAGUACAUUUGUAAUGUUGUUUACAUUUAAAUAUAAAUGGAAAAAUUAACAAAAAGUACAUUUGUGUUGUUUACCUUUAAAUAUAAAUGAAAAAAUUAACUAAAAAUGAAUUUGCUAGUGAAUUUGGUGAGAUGUCGCGAAUAGUGUGUUUUGUGUAGUUGUAAAAUGCUCAAAUAAAAGUUAAUUUAAAAACUAUAUUAUUAUGAGAAUUUGUAACAUAUUUUCCUAUUUGUAAAUAAAUUAUGUGAGAUGGUCUUGUAAAAUAAAAUAAAAAUUGUAUAAAGUUUGAA